ACAUACAGACGGACGAUCAUUGUAUUACAUCAGUUGUUUGUACACUACGUGAGGACAUGGAUCACAAGGAGAAUUUUAUCUCCUGUCCUGUUUGCAAAACAAGUCACGUGACACCGCUAAAUGCCCGUAAUGAUGGGGUAUUUGCAUCCACAUGUGAAAACUGUGGACAUUUCUUCAGGUUCCGGUCCAUUGCUCCAUACAAGUCGUCCAUAACUUUUAGCGUCAAUGGAAAGCAAAUCACUGUUGGUAAUGAGUACAGCUCCUCAGCGACGCUCAGUGACUUCCUAAGACAAUCACGCCUGUCUAUGGGAACCAAGGUGUUCUGUAAAGAAGGUGGAUGUGGUAUUUGUAUUGUGGUAGCCAAGAUGACCUUGAACCCGAAUGGCACACCAGUCACAGCCAAUAUCAACUCAUGCCUAUGUCCAUUAUUUGUAUGUGAUGGUUGGGAAAUCACCACCAUUGAGGGACUGGGCUCCACUAAAACAACAAUGCAUAAGAUCCAGUCAACACUAUCAAGUUACGGUGGAACCCAGUGUGGGUACUGUAGUCCUGGACAUGUCAUGAAUAUGUACGGGUUGAUGCAACAGUACCCCAGCUUAACAAAGCAGGAUACCGAGGACAACUUCGAGGGUAACCUGUGUAGAUGUACAGGGUACCGUCCCAUUCUUGACGCCAUGAAGUCUCUUGUGCCUGCCACGCCUCCGGAUAUUGAGGAUUUAUCUACCAAACUGUGUAAGACAACUGGCCAACCUUGUGCGUCUCGGUCCGCUAACUGUGGCGGUGGAUGUUCGAGCCAUGACGACCCUCGGUCCAUUCAGAUGGUGUUUGGAGACACAAGAUGGGAGAAAGCAACAGAUCUUGCUAACCUUUAUCAAAUAUUGAGUCAGACAAGCGGACAGAAAGUCAGACUGCUAGGUGCCAACACAGGCACAGGCUAUUUCUAUGAGGAAGCUAUCCAGAACUUUGAUGUGGUUAUUGACAUAUCUGGAGUCCCCGAACUGUAUGUAAAUACACACGAUGCACAGACAAAAACCUUUACACUCGGUGGAUGUUUGACUCUCACAGACCUUAUGGAUAUUUUCAAAAGAGAGGCAUCAAAAGUUGGGGGCAAUCCAAAUUUCAAAGAACUGAAGAAGUAUCUAUACAGAGUCGCUUCCUCCCCAAUUAGGAACAGAGGCACGUGGUCGGGAAACUUAAUGCUUAAGAACAAGCACCAUUCUUUCCCGUCAGACAUAUUCAACAUAAUGACAGUUGUUGGAGCUUCAUUGACUAUAGGCCAGACCCCCCAGAGCGUUGUUACAUGUGAUGCUUUCUACAAGACGGACAUGACUGGCAAAUGUUUAUCCAAGGCAAUAUUUAAGGAGUUUGGACCUAAUGACGUGGUCGCUUGCUUCAAAGUUAUGCCAAGAUCGCAGAACUGUCUGGCUCAUGUUAAUGGUGCAUUCCGGUGUGCUGUAGAUAAGGUGCACGGGUAUCUUGUAACAAGCCGACCAAUCAUUUCUAUCGGUGGCAUCAGUGACACCUUUCACAGGGCUACUGCCACAGAACAAUACCUGUAUGGAAAACAGUUGUCAUCUCCAGCAACCAUAUCAGGUGCUUUAACUGCACUUGCGGCGGAAGUUAUUCCCACUGCUGCUGUUGGCCUAACCAGUGCAUCAUACAGGAAGACGGUGGCAUGUGCUCUACUCUACAAGUUUUUCCUGCGGGUUCUCGGAGACUCGGCUAGCUAUCAGUACAGAAGUGCAGCAGACGUACUUCACGACAUACGCCCACUGUCGUCUGGGGUGCAGACAUACGACACGAACAAACAAGAAUGGCCGCUGAAUGAACCUCUUAAAAAGUUAGAAGCAGACCGUCAGUGCUCUGGGGAGGCGGAGUAUACGGACGAUUUGCCGGCCUAUCCGGGACAGCUGUAUGCUUCAUUUGUGACAAGUACCGAAGCCAAUGCCACAGUACAGUCCAUCAACUCGGACGAGGCACUAAAAAUUGCUGGCGUUGUUAAAGUGCUGACGUCAUUUGAUAUUCCACAAGGGGCGACCAAUGACGUACAGUCACCAGCGUCGCCCUCACAGGAACUCGAACCUGAGGAGUUGUUCUCAAGUGGGAAAGUUAUGUAUUACGGACAGUCUUUAGCACUGGUGAUUGCAGAGAGUCAAGAUGCGGCAGACCAAGGUGCUAGAGCUGUUAAAGUAACUUACAACAGUAUACAGACGCCUGUCAUUACUAUAGAUGAUGCUAUUGCAGCAAACACCUACUUCAAGAAACCUUCACCGGACUUCACAAUUGGAACACCAGAUCAGGCCAUCGCCAGUGCCCCACAUCAGCUAAAUGGUACGUUCGCCACCCAAGAACAGAUGCACUUCCACAUGGAAACACACGCCAGCGUCUGUAUGCCUACAGAGGACGGCUUUGAUAUUGUGACAACUACACAAUGGCCAGAUGGAAUACAACAGGCAGUCAGUACGGUAACUGGAAUACAGAAAAGCAAUAUAGAUGUGUCUGUGAAGAGACUUGGUGGAGCGUACGGCGGGAAGAUCACUAGGAAUAACAUCGUUGCAGCAGCAUGCGCGCUUGCCGCCAAGUUAACAAACAGACCAGUCAGAGCUCGACAGACUAUUCAGACAAAUUUGAGAAUGAUGGGUCGCCGGUUCCCCCACAAGUUUGUUUACCGCGUAGGAUUUGAUGACAACGGAAAACUACUUGGAAUAGAUGUGAAGAUAUACGAAGGUCAAGGUUACCUCCCAAAUGAGGACUCGGCAUCAUUUUUCAUUGCUUACAUUGACAAUGCUUAUUACUGCGCAAACUGGAAACUCAGUGUAGAAGCAAUGCGGACGAAUACGCCAAUGAAUACAUCUUGCAGGGCUCCAGUAUCGGCACCAGCCGUGCUGGCGAUAGAAAACAUGAUGGAGAAGAUAGCGCGAAGUUUAAAUAAAGACCCGGCAGCAGUCAAGCAGCUCAACUUCUAUCAGGAGGGACAAAAGACACUUGUUGGUGAGGUUCUUACGCAUUGCAACAUCGGCGCUGUCAUGACAGAACUGAUGACGUCAGCACAAGUGAACACGAGACAGUCGCUAUUUACAUUCUUUAACAAGGACAAUCGUUGGAAGAAAAAAUCUUUAGCUGUUGUCCCUGUAAAGUUUGCACUAUCAUGGGCAUAUAGCAUGUACACGGUGACUGUUUCUGUACAUGGCAGGGAUGGAUCUGUGUCCGUCAGUCAUGGGGCUGUGGAAAUGGGACAGGGAUUGAAUACAAAGGUAGCUCAAGUUGUUGCUUAUGAACUUGGUAUACCCAUAGACCAUGUGACAGUAAAGACGACCAGCUCUAAAAUGAGUGCGAACAAUAGUACCACAGCAGGAAGCGUCACAAGUGAAGAGUGUUGCAAAGGUGCUAUACAUUGUUGUAAUGAGAUCAUUGCUAACAUGAAACCUGUCAAAGACAAAAUGGUGAACCCUACAUGGCUAGACCUGGUAGACAAAUGUUAUUAUGAUAACGUGGUUCUAAGUGCAAGAUACAGCGUGGCCGGAAUUAUUCCUGAAAAUGGUGGCGACAUUAUCACGUACUAUUCUUACGGCGCUGCAUGUUCGGAGGUAGAGCUAGACGUUCUGACAGGUGAAUACCAAAUCAAUAGGGUGGACAUUGUAUAUGAUUGUGGGGAAAGCUUGAACCCUGCUGUUGAUAUAGGCCAAGUUGAAGGAUCUUUUGUGAUGGGUCUUGGUUACAGUCUAACAGAAGAGAUAGCCUACGAUCCAAAGACAGGAAAAAUGUUCAAUAACGAUACUUGGGGAUACCAUCCACCAACAAACAAAGACAUACCAAUUGACUUCAGGAUAAGUUUGUUGAAGAAUGCACCGAAUCCGUCUGGUGUACUCAGAUCGAAAGCAAGUGGAGAACCUCCACUGAAUACAGCAUGUUCAACGUUCUUUGCAUUGAGAAACUGCAUAGAGGAGGCUAGAAAAGAUGCAGGACAGACUGGGGAGUUUGAUUUCCAGCCACCUGCAACAAUUGAAAAGGUACAGAUGGCGUGUUUGGUAGAUCCCUCGCAAUUUGCUAUAUAAAGCACCUCAAGAGAAUAUAGUUAAACAUGUGGUACUCAAGAUAUUUAAGACUUUGCAAUAAAUAUUACUCCAGUUUGUGAAACCUUUGACUGACAUUGGGUGAAACAUUAUUAUUAUUAUUAUUAUUAUUAUUAUUAUUAUAGCAAGAAGAGAGCGAUUUUGCCUCAUUUGUUCAUUCUCUCUUGAAAAGCAUCAGAUGAAAAAUGUAGAUCCUAGUUUUAAAUGAAAUACUCUAACGCCGUGACCAAAUGUAUAUAGUCUUAAAGAAACAGUAUCUAUUUUGCAUUGAUAAAAUUAUUUGUCUAAGUAUAUCCAUGUCAUAAAAGGGACUUUUAUAACUACUUUCUAAGGAAGCCUGUAAGCUGUUUGUUGUUCAGAACGUGUUUUUCAGGAGCAGGUAAUUUACACUUGUCUAUCCGGAGAGAUGAUUAUGCUAUAGAAGUGGGCAGUUGCUCUUAAAAAAUAUUGUUAACAUAGGUUAUGCUGUAGUGUAUAUUUUAAUAUAAUUCAAUUAUUUUCUUAGUAAAUUUCAGUUGUUUGUUAGUGAUUUAAAUAUUGAUGUAAAUAAGCAUUCCCUGGGUUGUAUAAUUAGGAUAUUUAACGUCAAAUACAAUGAUUUUGGCCAGUCAGAUAUUGUGAGGAAAAGAUUAAUUACUAAGAGACUUGGUAAAUGUUAACCAGUUAUAUGUCAAACUUAUGGUUGUCGAAACAAAUUACUGUGAUUGACUAUGCAAUGUUAUUGAGAAUGUUUACUGUACUGAGGCUCAUAUUAUGCCAUUAUAUAUUGUGUUAUGUAAUCUGUAAAGCGGUACCAAAAUGAUUAUCAGUUGUUCUGGGAUUUUGUAAUUUUUAUUCAGUCCUCUGAAACAAUUAAAUGUAAAGGCAUUAAAAACAUUCAAUACUGUU